AUCCGCAGAGUCGCCUCAGCUCCCAACGCAAACUCGCUCAACGCACACCGCCCUCCGAACUACCCUGCCCAGUCUCAGUCUCAGUCCCAGUCUCAGCAUCAGAAUCCUCCCCACUACAGCAGUCUUCUCCAGAUGAAACUCAACAGUAGUACCUCUGAAGCGUUCUCUUCUGUUCCUGCCUUUCCAGGCCAACUUCAACGUGUACGAUCUUUCCGUCGCACAUAUAGCUCAAAUAGUAUUAAGGUGCGCCAGGUUGAGGUCGGUCCGUCUAGCUUUGUUAAGAUUCGUAUGCUUGGCAAGGGAGAUGUUGGCAAGGUUUAUAUGGUCAAACAAAAGGACACUGACAAACUAUUUGCCAUGAAAGUACUCUCAAAGAGGGAAAUGAUCAAACGCAACAAGAUCAAGCGUGCCCUGGCUGAGCAGGAGAUCCUUGCCACCUCAAACCACCCCUUUAUCGUCACUCUGUUCCAUUCAUUCCAAAGCCAAGAUUAUCUUUAUUUCGUCAUGGAAUAUUGUAUGGGAGGAGAGUUCUUUAGAGCACUUCAAUUGAGACCAGGAAAGUGCUUGGACGAAGAAGGAGCAAAAUUCUAUGCAGCCGAGGUUACUGCCGCAUUAGAAUAUCUUCAUCUUCAGGGUCAUAUCUACAGAGAUCUCAAACCAGAAAAUAUUCUUCUUCAUCAAAGUGGACACAUUAUGCUGACUGACUUUGAUCUCAGCAAGGGAUCUAGUCCUCCAGGAAAACCAGGUGUAGUCAAGGCUAGUUCACCCAACCAACCGCCGUCGAUCAACACAAAAUCAUGUGUCAAUAAUUUACGAACAAAUAGUUUUGUCGGCACCGAAGAAUACAUUGCUCCCGAGGUUAUCAAAGGUUGCGGUCACACCAGUGCCGUUGACUGGUGGACCCUGGGCAUCUUGAUUUUCGAGAUGCUCUAUGGAACAACCCCUUUUAAGGGUGCCAAUAGAAACGAGACCUUUUCACGCAUCAUGUUUUGGGAAGUCAAGUUUCCUGAUCAACCGGCACCCUAUCAGAACCGGACCCUGUCGAGUUCGGGCAAGAGUCUCAUCCGAAAACUGCUGCACAAGGAUGAGAACAGUCGACUAGGAUCCUGCGCGGGCGCGGCUGAUGUCAAGUCACACCCUUUUUUCAAAAACGUCAACUUUGCACUCCUUAGACACCAAUCGCCUCCAAUCCUGCCUCUUAUCCACAAGUCAAACGGUAUCGAUGCCGUUAACUUUCGAAGAAUGCCACCAGAGAGCAUGAGCCUUGAUCUAGAAUCAGACGAUGUCAUGGUCAGCAUUCACAAUGACCAUAAAAAUAACCCCUUUGAGAAGUUUAGUUCAAUGACUCUGUAUCAUGAAGGUGAU